CCCCUGCAACUCUAAAAUUCCAAAGUGACCUACUCGAGCUACCAGACUGACUACUCACCUGUCUUGCCUGAGAAGUACAAGCGACAGCAUACUUGUCUUCUCCCGGAAGCCACUGGCUUCGGACUCCCUUUCCCGCAGUUGGCUUCGAAGAUGGGCGCUGACGGCAGUACCGAAAGCCGCAAGCGCACUCGAGCUACACCCGUAGCUCAAGAACCCGCGAUUCCAUGGUCGUUCAAAAGGCGAAGGCUGGACGCCAAUGGCAAUCCUCUCGCAUCGUCCCCGACGACACCCAAAACCACACCCGGAGCUGCCUCAUCGACCGUCAAGAAGACUGCGCGCAAGAUAGGGUCGUCUCCCGCCUCGGCUUAUGACGUACCGGACUCCCCUGAAGACAACCCGCCACAACGGAUCCGAAAUGUCAGGAGCAUCGACCGACCGACUGGCAAAGUCCCAAUCCCGCCCCGUCGUAAAAAAGAAGAUGAUAUUUACGAGAUACCUGGCUCCGAUGAUGAGUUGCACCCGAGUCCGAAGGAGGCGAAUUCGCUCAAGACGAGUCCUACCAAGAGGAAGAGCGUUGGUGCGGUCAAUAGCAGGGCGAGCGAGGCUGAUACAGGCAGCAUGGUCAAACAGCGCACGUCUCGAAAGCAGGGAACAAAGAUGACGGUCGACCGUAACAGAGAGGUUGCCACGAUAGAGGAGUCCUCGCAGGUGCGGUCAAGUGGAAGACGUAGGAUCCCAACCGCGAAAGUACUCGAAGUGCAGGAAGAGAAACUGGCAAGUCGUUCAGCCACACCAACGUCCCGCGCAAAGUCGUCUACAGCAGCACAGGAUGCCCUGGAAUCGAAAAAGGCCACCACGAAAACGGAUCGUAUCAUCUCUAUGCCCCUGAAAGGCAUCUUGACCCCGUCCAAGCGGGACGGUACGCCAAGGAGAAGCAAGAGCGUCGCCUUUGACUCGUCCGAUGCUCGGGAUACAGAGGAAGUCUUCUUCGAAGAUCUUCCAAUUAAGUCUGCGACCAAAUCUGGUAGAGGUGGGAAGUCACCGCAGAAGCUUGCGAGUACGAAAACAACAGCGACAAAACCCUUCAAGCCACGAAAAGCGCUUGCAAAGAUGAUGGAGGAAGGGCCGACGGCGGAGGAAACCGAGUCACAAGAAGAGGAACAUGCGGCUGCGGAGAAGUCAGACGAAGACGAUGACGAGGACGUCUGCUUGAUAUGCUCAAAACCGGACUCCAAGGCUGGAAACCGGAUUAUGUUCUGCGAUGGCUGCGAUAAGGCCUACCACCAAAAGUGCUACAAAGUUCCUAAAGUUCCCCGUGGUGAGUGGUACUGCAACGAGUGCGUUGACCAAAAACAAUCGCGAGCGGCGGCUGCGGACGAGGCGGUCAAGAUACCCAACUUCCAGCAGCACUUGAGCAAACUGAGAAGGGUGCUACUGGAUCGUUGUACUGGGCGCAGACGAAUCAAGCUGGUUGACCAGGACGAUGCCAUGGAGAAAGCACAUCAACUAGUCGAGCAGACGGUAUUAUCGGGAGAAGGGAACUCGAUGCUCAUCAUUGGCGCCAGGGGCUGUGGCAAGACUACACUUGUUGAGAGUAUCAUCGACGACAUGUCUCUUCAACACAAGAGCGAGUUUCAUGUGGUGAGGUUGAACGGAUUCAUACAUACAGACGACAAGCUGGCCCUCAAGGAGAUCUGGCGGCAGUUGGGCAAGGAGAUGGAUGCCGAGGACGAGGCCAAUGCCCGGUCAAAUUACGCCGACACCAUGGCCUCGCUGCUCGCACUUCUCUCACACCCUUCAGAAAUGGCCCAGGCGGAAGAGGGCGUGACGUCGCAGGCUGUCGUCUUUGUCAUUGACGAGUUUGACAUGUUUGCUGCGCAUCCCCGCCAGACCCUGCUCUAUAACUUGUUCGACAUUGCGCAGGCGCGGAAGGCCCCCAUCGUAGUGCUGGGCUGCACGACCCGCAUGGAUGUAGCGGAGAUGCUUGAGAAGCGUGUCAAGAGUCGAUUUAGCCACCGCUACGUUUACCUGUCGCUCCCGAAGAGCUUGCCGGCGUACUGGAAAGUGUGCAGGCAAGGCCUGGUCGUGGACGAUGAGGAUAUGGAGGCCGAGGGCAUCGACGUGAGUGUUGCUGGGCACGAAGCUUUCCAUGCCAACUGGAAGGCAAUGAUCGAGAGCCUAUACAAGGAGAAGCCGUUCCAGAAUCUCCUACAGUAUCACUACGCAACUUCAAAAUCUGCCUCGGACUUCCUGGCAGAAUGCAUUAUUCCGCUAUCAUCCAUGUCCGCGGAUUCCUUGGAACUUGUCAUCCCGCCGCAGACCGGCCCCGUCAUCUCCCUCACGCCGCCAAACUCCAAGCUGCACAUCCUGCCGUCGCUCUCGGAGCUGGACUUGGGUCUGCUCAUCGCGGCGGCGCGGCUCGACAUCGUGGCGCACACGGACACGGUCAAUUUCGCGAUGGCGUACGACGAGUACGGGUCGCUGAUGGGCCGGCAGCGUGUGCAGUCUGCAAGCUCGGGCAUGCUGGCGCUAGGCGGCGGUGUGCGGGUUUGGGGCCGUGGAGUCGCGGGGCUGGCGUGGGAGCGUCUCGUGGCGUUGGGGCUGCUGGUACCGGCUGGGCUUGGCACAGGCCGGGCGUCAGGGUACGGCGGGCUAGAGGGCAAGAUGUGGAAGGUCGACAUGGCGCUCGAGGAGAUACCUGCCGGGGUGAAACUGAACAAUGUGCUGGCGAGGUGGUGUAAGGAGAUUUGAAGCAGCAUGGCAUCGGAUUAUGCCGCGCUUCGACAAAGCUGUAGACGCCACACACAGACGAAAAUAGACUCUGGGAUUGUGAACAGGCCCAGAUAUGACUUGAUGCCAUUGGUAGGGCAGCCAUCACUCCCCCACCGUGUCAUGUAUCAGCUACAAGAGGCUACUACUACUACUACUACUACUACUACUACUACUACUACUACUACUACUACUACUACUACUACUACUACUACUACUACU